AUGGCCUACUGCUCGCAGCAACCGUGGAUUCAAGCAGGCUCCAUCCGCGAGAAUAUCACAUUUGCGGGCGUGCCCCAGCGGCAACAGGAAACGGCAGCCCCCCCGGGGAAUCUGGGUGUCUCGACCCCGCUCUUGCCUGAGGAAGAUGGGUGCAUCCGCAGCAAUGACUCGUCAGCCCGGCUGGUGGAUGAGGCUCGAUACUCAAAUAUUCUGCAGGCAUGUGCCCUCGACCACGAUUUGGCGCACCUACCUUACGGAGACCUGACAGAAAUCGGCGAGCUCGGGGUGAACUUGAGCGGAGGGCAGCGGGCCCGCGUGGCGCUGGCGCGGGCCGUGUAUGCGGAUCCCGACUUGGUUCUGCUGGAUGACGUGCUCUCCGCCGUGGACCCUCGAGUCUCCAAGCACCUCUUCCACGCAUGCAUCUUGGACACCUUGGUCAAGGCUGGAAAGGGGGUGGUGCUGGUAACACAUCAGGUCCAAUACCUUCCGUUGGCGACCCGGGUAUGCCUCUUGGAUGCUCAGGGCCAAAUGGUGGCGCCGUGUGCGCCCUGGGAAGAAAUACGGACCUCGGUGUCGGGCUGGAGGGCCUUGGUGCAGGAUUUGCCGGAAAGAGCCACGGUAACAGGGGCGGACUGGGAGACCACGAAUGGGGGAAGAGAUGAAGGAGAGGUUUGUGAUGAGGCAGAGGAGGCGGAGGAAGGAGAGGGAGGGCCGAAGGACGCAGACAUGGACGUUAGUUCCCCUGACGGCAGCGAGGCGCUCCGUCCUUCUGGUUUCCUCGCCCAAACGCCCGCUGUCGGUCAAGCCACGGGCCGCGAGACCGCCGCUUUUAUUGCGGCCGAGGACCGUAUCUUGGGCGAGGUCCAUGGAGACACUUAUGCGAGUUAUUUGCGCAGCGGGGGAUUGGCUUCCGGUGUAUGGAUUAUGCUACUGCUCUUGAUCAGUCAGGGUGUCCUUACCUUCGCGGACUUUUGGCUCAAGAUGUGGGCUUCAGAUCAGGAUCAUGCCCGGACUGGUGCUUAUUACCCGCAUCCCGGGCUCCUGGGCUUAUCCCUCACGUACGCCUUGGUGCUGUCGGGGACGUUCCAAUGGGCCAUCCGACAGAGUGCUCAAGCUGAAACGCUGCUGACAUCUGUGGAACGACUGAAUUACUACACGCGCUUGUCGUCGGAGGAAGACGAAGACAAAGAAAUGAAGACACGUUUGGUCACCAGAAAAGAGAAGACCUUCGGGCAAUUGUCUCCCAAUUGGCCUCAUUGCGGCGAACUUCUUGUUAAAAAUCUCCAAGUCCGCUACCGAGAAGACCUGCCUAUAGUCCUCAAUGGGGUGGAUAUCCACAUUCGCGGUGGCCAGAAGGUGGGCAUUGUCGGUCGUACUGGGUCGGGGAAAAGUUCCUUCUUGUCCGCAUUGCUGCGCCUGAACCAAAUCGUGGGCGGCGACGUCGUGCUAGACGGAGUGAGUAUCCUUCACCUUUCCCGCCACGACGCGCGUCGAUCUGUGGCGUGGAUCCCUCAGCAACCAGAUCUCUUCGCCGGUACUUUGCGCUUUAAUCUCGAUCCGUUCAUGCGGCACGGUGAUGCCGAGCUGCACGCGGCAUUGAGGGACGUUAACCUGUCUCUGGACUUGGACAUGCCCGUGGGGGAAGGAGGGGGAAAUUUAUCCACAGGGACGCGGCAAUUGCUUUCUCUCGCACGCGCUGUCUUGCUUCGGCGGAAAGUGUUGCUCAUGGAUGAGGCGACAGCCAGCGUCAGUUUUGUUGAGGACCAACGCAUUCAGAACACACUGCGAACAGCUCCUGCAUUUAGAGACUGCACACUCGUGACUAUCGCGCAUCGGAUAAAUACCGUGAUCGAAUCCGACCUCAUCUUAGUCUUUGCUGACGGCAAGUGUAUCGAACAAGGUUCUCCUCAACAUCUCUUGGCGACUAGCGGUUCGGUUUUUGCGGAGAUGGUCCGGGAGACACGCGUUUUUGACACAGCUGACACAGCAAUGUCAAAAGCUGAAAACCGGGGAUAG